GCGGCGCCGGGACGCCCGGGACGGCGCCGGCCGCGCGCAACAUGGUCGCGGCCAUGAGCGAGCACCUGUCGUCGUCGCCGACGACGAGCGAGUUCCAGGACGUCGUCAAGGCGGAGGAGACGAAGCCGGGGCUGCCGAGCUUCCCGUGCGAGUUCGACCACAUGUACGCGAGCAUGACCGACGGCGGCGCCUCGGCGGCCGCCGCUGCAGCCGCCGCCGCCGCCGCCCCGGCGGCCCUCGGCGCCAGCCCCCUCAGGGGCAGCGAGGCCCGUAGGCACGACCUCACCGAGGUCAAGCACCUCAAGGAGCUCCUCCUCCUGCACCUAGACCUCAUUCAGCAGCAGUCCGAGCAGAUCGUCACCAAGGACAAGCUCCUCGCCGCGCUCCGACAGGAGAACGAGACGCUCAAAUUGCGCCUUGAGCGCAUGGACAGGCGCGUCAACCUACAAAAAUUAAGGGCAGAGGUUAAUGACAAUUCAGUGGUGGAUCAUGCAAGUCCCUGUUCGCCAUCCAGUGUGAAUUCCGUUAAUGCUCCUUCGACUAGUGAACGUCGUAAGAGUGGACAGUCCGAGAACAAUAGUCCUCGUUGCAACGAGAGCUUCAAAAUACGUUUGAACACUAGUGGUGGUAUAACCACAGUCAAGCAAGAGUUCGAGAGUAAGCACGACGACAGCGAGCCUGGACACGAUUGGGAGAGAAAGAGGAAGCGAACGUCCGAUCCAACGCCGUUGCGAGACAAUAAGCGAAGAAGAGGCAUUUCGUCGUCUUCGACCAUCAGCAACGAUACCUCUUCUACGAUACAGGACAAAAACUCGACUCAUGACGGCACCAGGAAGUUGGAGAAAAAGGGCAAGUGUCUCAUGAAAAGGGACUCAUUCCUUGCCACCGAAGAACAUUAUUACACCUCGGUGGGCGAGUCGAACUACAUGUUGACUCCUAAAGAGUUAUCACCACCACCCGAGACCCACGCUACGCUGGAAGUGCCAAGUUGGAGGGUGAAGGUUUACACGAGUUGUUACACAAUGGAGGGCACAGAAAAUCUGGACGAUGAGAUCUUCAAUAAGAGGCACCUCAAACUGGAGAAUGACGAAAGGAGGCGUAAACGAUGGGACGUUCAAAGGAUAAGAGAGCAAAGGCAUAUUGAAAAGUUGAAGCAGAGACAGGAACGUCAGAAUCAUCAAGCGACGUGCUACAAUACAAACCAUACUGGACCGUGUCCUUCCGCUGCUGAGGAAGAAACGAUUAUGUCUUUGUGGCCAGAUGUAGAUCAAAUACAAAGCAUUCAAGUUGAUCCAGAGCUGCCUGUCACUGCAUUUGGAGCUCCUAUUCCUAGUUUUACCCCAUGUGAAUUUUCCCUACCUUGGUUACAUACAACGAGGUCGAAGAGCCGUCGGUCUAAGAGGUCCACAGGAAGAAGAAAAACCUCCAGAAGAUAAACCUUUUAAAUACUUGAUAAUGCCGUGUCCUUUUUUACCCAGCCACGUUUUGAACGGCAGCAGAAGAGCCACCGCAUCGCGAAUUCCCUUUUAAACUCGCGCACGUUACUCUCGCUCUGUAAAGUAGUGCACCAAAGAUCUUUUUAUGGUUUCUUUUUCUAUUUUCUACGACGCGCAAUGCAUAAAAUCGACUUGUAGAUUUUUUUUUUUGCAUUUCUUCGGUUGUAAGCGAUGCUCCUAUUGCAUAUCCUCAUUUUUCUCGGUUCGAACAUUAUUUUACUUGUAACUCGAUGAAUACAUUAUUUAUUAUGUCUGUAGAGAAAAUCACUUCGAUGGGAAUACGCGUCGUUCGCUUGACGAUUACUUUUUCUUUUUUUAUUCCAUCGAAAGCAACGGUCUAUUGUUUACAGAACAAAUGUAUUUUUUUCACGAGCUCUUGUAUAAAUAGCGUAAGAUGAAUUUCCAAUGCAAGAUACUGCGAGGUCAUAUUGUAAA